GUUUGAUUCCCAUACAUCACCAUGACCCAGCAGAGCAUAGAGACACUUGUGGUGCUCGGAGCCUUCGGGCUACUCUGGCUCUCGUUCGAAUAUCUUCGACCAGGGAGUCUUCUUAGACGGUUUGCGAGCAUGCGGCGCAAGUUGCCUCCCGGUCCCCCGGGGCUCUCUAUCUUCGGGAACAUGUUCCAAUUCACGAGAGCCCGCGAUGCAGGGUUAUGGGGUCCAUUCCUGGCAUCGUUGCGCCAAUACGGUCCAAUGACCACACUGCACAUGGGCUCCCAGACCUGGGUGGUGCUGAAUGAUCCGCAGGUGGCUACCGAUAUUAUUAACAAACAUGGUAAGAUUACCAGCGAGCGACCGGAGAUGCCCAUUGCGGGUGAUCUCGUCAGUCACGGUCUGCGCACGGUCAUUCGUCCCACGGCUGCGUGGACCGAGGGCAGACGGGUGAUGCACCAUCUGCUCAGCGGAUCGGUUCUGCGUAUAUACGGUAACUGGCAAGAAAUUGAGUCGCUCCAGAUGCUCUCUGCCUAUCUGCGGGAGCCCAAGCGCUGGUAUGCGCACCACUAUCGCUACUCGAUUGCCGUGCUAUACCGUCUCGUCAUGGGAGAGAAUCUCUCCAAGACGCAGGAUGAGUUAAAUGACUAUCAGAAGGUCACAAUGGAGUUCACGUUGAGCUUGCUCAACAGCAUGGUUGACUUCUUUCCCCAAUUGAAUCGCUGGAUCCCUACAUUUCUCCAGUGGUGGCGUCCGUACUGGGCUAAAAUGGGUGACUUCCAUCAUCAGGUGUUCAAAUCGUGGUGGGACCCCAUCCGUGAUGCCGUCCGUGAGGGUACAGCCAGUCCUGGCUUUGUGCGGGAUACGCUGCUCCAUCCGGACAUGCGUUACAAGGGUACCGAGGAAGAAGCCAUGUAUCUUGCCACGUCGGUUAUUGCAGCUGGCAGCGACAAUACCCGCAUGACGCUCAACACCUUCAUCAUGGCAAUGAUCAGCUAUCCGGAGACAAUGGCUCGUGCUCGCCAGGAGCUAGAUGCCGUUUGCAUCAACGAAAAUGGUAUACUACGACUCCCCGGCAUGGUAGACUUUGAGCGUCUUCCCUAUCUGGCUGCCAUGGUUAAAGAGGUCCUCCGCUGGCGACCCACAACACCCGUUACGCCACAGCAUCAGCUGACAGAGGAUCUCGAAUAUGAAGGGUACCGUUUCCCAAAGGGAACGUGCUUUGUGGUCAACGGGAUUGCACUGAGUCAGGUAUGUGAAAGCCCGGAUCAAUUCGAUCCGUCGCGCUGGCUGGAUGGCAAUGAGGGCAACAUCGUGCAUAAUCUCUGGGCGUUUGGUGGCGGACGACGUAUCUGUGUUGGCUAUCGAGUUGCUCAGCAGGCACUAUAUGUGGCUAUGGCACGAAUCAUAUUCUGUUUUAAUUUAUGUGCGGAUGGUCCCAUCAAUACUCGUAAACUUAAUCACUUUCACAUCCAUAACGAACCCUUUCCGGUUAAGGUGACGGUUCGUAGCCACAAGCAUGAAUUGCUGAUUAAGGAAGAAGCAGAGAAGGCGCGAACGGCAUUUUAAGCAGUGACAUACAGGACAGUAUGCAAGGCAUAGGAAAGCCAGGCUGACUUUGCGGAAGAUUGCAUCAUGUUAGGCAUAUUGCAAGGUUAUAAGGC